AUGGACGCCUCAGAUUUCUCGAGAUUGGCUGAAUCGAUAGCUGAGUUCAUCGAAUCAAGGAGUAGGCUUUCUGUGGGGCCCGUUCAUUGCCCACCCAUUGCUUCCAAGAAACACAUCACAUUUAUAACAGUUGCAAUUUUGAUUUGGACUCCAUUUUUCCUGAAGAAAUUGAUCGAUGGGAAUACUGUUUUGCAAGAUAAGAACAUUUGGAUGGCUGGGGCGAUUUUUGUGUCAGGAGCGAUGUUUAAUAUAAUUAGAAAAAUGCCUAUGUUCUUGCUCGACAAGAAUGAUCUGUCGAAGCUGGCCUUCCAGCUGGCAGUAAUGGCAAUGUGGAAGUAA